AAAAAACAGAGCUUUGAGCCUUUGACUCUCUCUCUCUUUCUUAUUCAUUCACCCCCUUGAAAUUGAUCCUUUCACAUUCAGCUCUUUACCAAACCCUUUUCAUUUUUCUUCCUCUUCCUGUUUUUAUUAUUCAAAGUCAGUCUCUUUGGCCUUAAAAGCUUCAAAAAACAUCUAUCUUGUUCUUCUCUUGACCUUAAAAAUCUCACAUGGUUUCUUGCUGGAUUUUGCUUCUCUAAUAUCCUGGCCUAAUCUUCAUCUGGGCCUUGUAGAUUAUUGGAAGCAAAAAUUGUUUCUUGCACUUUGUUACAGAUUCUGGCUGCUAUGCCUUUAUGCUCUGUUGGGUCUCCUUGAAAUCUCAUAAAAGAACAAAAAUUAAACUUGAGGAGUAUUUGAAAGUUUGAGAAGCUUUUGAUCCAUGGGAAAUUGCUGUGCAACCCCUAGUACUACUUCCCAGAAGCAAAAUGGGAAGCAAAAAAACAAACCCAAUCCAUUUUCUGCUGACUAUGCUGCGGUCAACGGAACUGGAGGUGGGAACAAGCUCUGGGUCCUGAAAGAUCCAACAGGCCAUGAUAUCUCAGCUGAUUACGAACUUGGCCGCGAGCUAGGCCGAGGCGAAUUUGGGGUCACUUACUUGUGUACUGAUGAGUCCAAUGGUGAAAAGUAUGCCUGCAAAUCCAUAUCCAAGAAGAAGCUUAGGACUGCUGUGGAUAUUGAGGAUGUGAGGAGGGAGGUGCAGAUUAUGAGGCAUUUGCCUAAGCACCCCAAUAUUGUGACCUUGAAGGAUAGCUAUGAGGAUGACCAGGCUGUUCACAUUGUGAUGGAAUUGUGUGAGGGUGGUGAACUUUUCGACCGGAUUGUGGCGAGGGGGCAUUACACUGAACGUGCAGCUGCAGCUGUUAUGAAGACCAUUGUUGAAGUUGUUCAGAUGUGUCACAAGCAUGGAGUGAUGCAUCGUGAUCUCAAACCAGAGAACUUUCUAUUUGCAAACAAGAAGGAGACUUCUCCCUUGAAGGCAAUUGAUUUUGGGUUGUCAGUAUUCUUCAAACCUGGUGAGCGAUUUAAUGAGAUUGUAGGAAGUCCCUAUUACAUGGCUCCGGAGGUUCUGAAACGCAAUUAUGGCCCUGAGGUUGAUGUCUGGAGUGCUGGAGUUAUUUUGUAUAUUUUACUCUGUGGUGUUCCACCAUUCUGGGCAGAAACUGAACAAGGGGUAGCACAGGCAAUUAUUCGCUCUGUCAUUGAUUUUAAGAGGGACCCUUGGCCUAAAGUCUCUGAUAAUGCAAAGGACCUUGUGAAGAAAAUGCUGGACCCUGAUCCUAGACGGCGGCUUACAGCUCAGGAAGUGCUUGAUCAUCCUUGGCUACAAAAUGCCAAGAAGGCUCCAAAUGUUAACCUGGGUGAGACUGUGAGAGCAAGGCUCAAACAAUUUUCCGUGAUGAACAAGCUCAAAAAAAGAGCUCUAAGGGUGAUUGCUGAGCAUUUGUCAGUGGAGGAAGUGGCUGGCAUAAAGGAUGCCUUUGAUAUGAUGGACACCGGCAAAAGAGGCAAAAUAAACAUUGAGGAGCUUCGGGCUGGGUUGCACAAGGUUGGCCAACAUAUUCCUGAAGCAGAUCUGCAAAUCCUAAUGAACGCUGCUGAUGUUGACGGUGAUGGAGCUCUAAAUUAUGGGGAGUUUGUUGCGGUUUCAGUUCACCUUAAAAAGAUGGGCAAUGAUGAGCAUAUACACAGAGCUUUUGCAUUCUUUGAUAAAAACCAGAGUGAUUACAUAGAGAUUGAAGAGCUGCGGGAUGCUUUAAAUGAUGAGUCAGACACCAACAGUGAGGAAGUUAUAAAUGCCAUUAUGCAUGAUGUGGACACAGACAAGGAUGGGCGCAUAAGCUAUGAGGAGUUUGCUGCAAUGAUGAAGGCUGGUACAGAUUGGAGAAAAGCAUCUAGGCAGUAUUCAAGGGAAAGAUUCAACAGCCUCAGCUUGAAGUUGAUGAGGGAUGGGUCAUUACAGCAACCCAAUGAGGGUAGAUGAACCAACAAUCAUUAGAAAACAACCGAUGCUCGUGAAACAGGGAAAAAAAAAGUAUUUUUUUUCUUGGGUUUAUGCAAUCAUUGUCAUUUUUUAAUUUUAUUUCCUCAUGAGACCUUGGGAUAGGUAGAUCAGCACGAAGAGGGGUCUUAAAUGGCUUUGAAAUAGCCAUCUUUAGGAUUUGUUUGGUCGGAGGUAGAUGCAGGAGAAAGAAGAAAGUUUUAGUGUUAGACAGAAUUUGGUCAAGUUGUUCUUGUGAAAUUUGUGGUUGUAAAUAUGUUGACGAGGCCUGUAGGCCCUUUUCAUUAGAGAUAUAAUUUCCAAUUUGUUGUUUAAAUGCUUCCCAUGUAUUGUUGUCAAUAACACAAUUUAUCAUCCCCUAAUUCUUACA